AUGGGCGAUCUCCAGGGACGCAAGGUCUUCAAGGUCUUUAACCAGGAUUUCAUUGUCGACGAACGCUACACUGUGACAAAGGAGGUCGGACAGGGUGCUUACGGCAUCGUCUGUGCCGCCGUUAAUAACCAAACCUCGGAGGGUGUCGCCAUCAAAAAAGUCACCAAUGUCUUCUCCAAAAAGAUUCUCGCCAAGCGGGCGCUGCGCGAGAUAAAGCUGCUCCAGCACUUUCGCGGCCACCGUAAUAUUACUUGCCUCUACGACAUGGACAUUCCACGGCCGAAUGAUUUCAAUGAAACCUAUUUAUACGAAGAGCUCAUGGAAUGCGAUUUGGCUGCCAUUAUCCGCUCAGGCCAGCCCUUGACCGACGCGCACUUCCAGUCCUUCAUCUACCAGAUCCUUUGCGGUCUCAAGUACAUCCACUCGGCCAACGUGCUGCACCGUGACUUGAAACCAGGCAACCUGCUUGUCAACGCCGACUGCGAGCUCAAGAUUUGCGAUUUUGGUCUUGCCCGCGGCUUCUCUGUCGACCCCCAGGAGAAUGCUGGCUAUAUGACAGAAUACGUAGCCACCCGAUGGUACCGUGCGCCCGAAAUCAUGCUCAGCUUCCAGAGCUAUACCAAAGCUAUUGACGUGUGGUCGGUCGGUUGCAUUCUCGCUGAACUUCUCGGCGGUCGUCCAUUCUUUAAGGGUCGUGACUACGUCGACCAGCUCAACCAGAUUCUUCACAUUCUCGGCACCCCCAACGAGGAGACGCUUUCCCGCAUUGGCUCACCCCGGGCCCAGGAAUACGUCCGCAACCUGCCGUUCAUGCCCAAGCGAUCCUUCCCUAGCCUCUUCCCCAACGCGAACCCCGACGCCCUGGACCUGCUCGACAAGAUGUUGGCCUUUGAUCCCUCGGCGCGCAUUAGCGUGGAACAGGCGCUGGAGCACCCGUACCUGCACAUCUGGCACGAUGCCUCGGACGAGCCCGACUGCCCCACGACGUUUAACUUUGACUUUGAGGUCGUCGAGGAGGUGCCCGAAAUGCGUCGUAUGAUCCUUGACGAGGUGGCGCGCUUUCGCCAGAUGGUGCGCACUGUGCCCACCGCCGGCCCCGCCCUGACACAGAUGCAGCAGCAGCAGCAGGUGCCCAUGCCUCAAGGCUCGACGCAGUGGAAGUCGGAGGACCCCCGGCCGCAAGAGUACAUGGGCGGCGCGAACGGUCUGGAGCAGGAUUUGGCUGGUGGUCUGGACGCCAGCAUGAGAUAG